AUGACAUACUACGGAUAUCAACCAGAGCAAACCAAAGCUCAGAUCCGAUCUACUCGCGGCGAAACCAUUGACCUGGCUCUCCCGGUCACCUGCCUUGUCGGGGAGCUGCGCUCGUUUCUUAUCGAAGAGUACGGCUAUGACCCUAACACACGUCUCCUGUAUAACGGGCUCGUCGCCGACGACAACUCCUACGUGUGUGAUUACCCAUUCGGCUCCCUCAUGAUCGCCACCCCCGCUGACACGCAACCACAGCACCAGUCGCUGCCCUUGCGACAGCCCGCGGUCACACACGUGCCACUGCAUCAGCAACAGCAGGAGCCUACUCCGGAGCUGUCACGUCCGACUGCUCGCCUAUCCCCGACCGCCAGCGCGAGCGCGGACGCCGUUCGCAAAAACAAGACUGCUGAGCCGACGCCGACCUACACGAACGCUGCUGCACGUAAGACGAGCCCGGGAGAAGCGCCGCCGGAGGCCGCAAAGGCGAAGCGCAGCACCGCAGCUCUGAAGCACCGGCCCAAGAACUCGGCGCGCCAGCCGCGCUCCAUAAGCACCGAGUCGACCGGGUCACAAAGCAGGUUCAUGAAGGGGGAUGUUGCCUCGGAUACCUCGAGCACGGUUCCCGCCCCAUCCCCGGCGCCGCCCCCGCCACCGCUUCCUGCAGCGAACAACGGUGCUUCGCCCACACCGGGAAGCGGCCGGGCACUGCCAGGCACCGGCCAGCGCAACCUUCCUUCUCCACAAGGGUCGCAAAACGCGGCCGGGGCUCCCUCCAGCGCCGCGCCGUCGCAGGCAACCGACCUCCCACUUUCCCCGCGCAGUGAGGAACCGAGUGUGGGGACCGAGGUACCCAGCGGUGAGGGUGGCAAUGACGACGACAGUCAGCGCCGGCGGGGGCAGCUGACGGUGAAGUGCCACAUCCCCUCCCUCAACCAGGUGGUGCCGGUGAAUGUGAACGGCGAUUCCUCUGUUUCAGACCUAAUCUUGGCGGUGGCGGCCGCGGUUCCUGGAUUGAAACCGGAUGCACAGGUAGUCCACCGCGGCAAAGUGCUGCCGGUGUCGCCGCAGGCGAAGCUGUUUGACCACGGUAUUCGCAGCGACGCUCGCGUCUUCAUCGCGGAGGGGGACUACAACAACGCCGAGAAGAUCACGCUGCUGGAGAUUGAGGAGGAUAUCGCCGUGGUUGAGCAAGCCAUGGAGUCGCCGCUCACAGAUCUGCAGCGGAAGGGUUAUUACGAGGAGCUGAUGCGUAUCCUUUUCCGAACGGACGGGCUGCAAUCUCUGGAGGGGGAGUGGCGGCAGCAACGCAAAGACGCAGUGAAGCACAUUACGUCACUGCAGGACGCAUUAGGCGUAGAUGUAAAAGAGUCUUGA